CUCAAAACCUAGUUGAGGCCAGAUCGUACAUGUAUGAGACAUUGGAAAGGAUCACUGAUCAAAAUUGCGGCGCUCCGUCUAAACUCACUCCCCCAAUCACCUCCCUAAUCCACCGACACGCUCUUUUUUCUCCCCCCAGCAAGUCAUAAUCGUACAGUCAACCCAAACCACCACAAAACACAUCGACAGCAAUGGGCUUCAUCGGCGCCACCGCUACGGGCCUCAUGGCCGGCCUGCACGGCUACAUCCUCGUGCUCGAGAUGUUCCUCUGGACCUCGCCGCGCGGCCGCAAGGCCUUCAGGCUGACGGCCGACUUCGCCGAGAAGACCAAGACGAUGGCCGCGAACCAGGGCCUGUACAACGGCUUCCUCGCCGCAGGCCUCGUCUGGGGCCUCGCCCACCCGGUCCCCGAGUUCGCUCGACAGAUCCGCCUCUUCUUCCUCGGCUGCAUCGUCGCCGCCGGCGCCUACGGCGGCGCCACGGCGAACCCGCGCAUCUUCUUCAUCCAGGCCGUCCCAGCCCUGGCGUCCAUCGCCGCCGUGCUGUCGGGCUACUGAGCUCGGGGAUGCCGCCGUCGGGGCGUGCUGCCGGUGUAAGGGUUGGCGCCACGAGGAGGAAUCUGAACUGGGGCGACAACGACGUUCGUCGGGAACGAGACUGGAACGCCAUGCUUAUUCCCUUGUGACUGAUUGUUGGGCGGGAAUGAAGGAAUCAUGACUCGGACGUCUUCCUCUCACUACGUAUCGUUCCUCAACUGUUAGGGAAAAGUCACAACCAAUGAGUGAAUCUAUUCUUCAUAAACCUCC